GAUAUAUUAACAUUACCGUAUGGACGAAAAGCUUCUUUCAUUGUAAAAAUCACCCUCACCCUAUAAAUUGAUACACUAAGCUACUAUCAAUGCACUCCAUUACAACUGGUGCGACGAUGAAAAAGGCCGCCUUCAUGUUGUCGGUCUUUCUUGCAUGCCUCACGGUCUUGGCCGGUGCGUUGGGAAUGGGCGGGUUUGAUCCUUUGGAUAGACUCAUAAUGGAAAGGCGGGCGGGGGGUGCAAGAGAUGCGUCGGCAUGGAGGAGUAUUGCAUCAGAGGGUCAGGCGUAUUCUCCUGUGUAUGUGGGUCCUCAAGAUGGGCUGAUGGAAGAAGAUAAGAUUGUUGAAUUGCCAGGCCAACCGGCUGAAGUGGAUUUCGAUCAUUAUUCCGGCUAUGUGACUGUAGAUGCAAAGACUGGAAGGGCACUCUUCUAUUAUUUUGCUGAGUCUCCUGUGAAUUCGUCCACCAAACCUUUAGUGCUCUGGCUAAAUGGAGGACCUGGCUGUUCUUCGUUUGGAAAUGGAGCCAUGAUGGAACUAGGACCGUUCAGAGUAGAAAAAGACGGCAACACUUUAUACCGAAAUGACUACGCUUGGAACAAUGUGGCAAAUGUCCUCUUCCUCGAAUCACCGGCGGGUGUGGGAUUUUCAUACACAAACACGUCAUCCGACUUCAUUCAAACUGGAGAUAAGAGAACAGCCGAAGAUUCUUAUACUUUUCUUAUUAACUGGCUUGAGAGGUUUCCUCAGUACAAGACUAGAGAUUUCUUCAUUGCAGGGGAGAGCUAUGCCGGCCAUUACGUACCUCAGCUUGCUCAAACAAUCCUUCAAAACAACAAGAUCACCAAUCAAACAGUCAUCAACCUUCGUGGAAUUGCUAUCGGCAAUCCAUGGAUAGAUGAUGAAACUGUUGUGAUGGGGAUGUACGACUUCUUCUGGACGCAUGCAUUAAUUUCGGAUGAAGUUCAUGAGGGCAUUACCUUAAACUGCAAUUUUUCUACGGAGGCUACUCCAUCCGACGUAUGCUACGCAUAUUUGCUGCAAGGGGCCAAUUCCAUCGGCAAGAUCUACCUCUACGAUAUCUACGCUUCCAAAUGCAAUGGCUCUGCAGCCCCCCCAACUGAUGGCAGCUUUGAUCCCUGCUCAGGAAACUACAUAAAGUCCUAUCUUAACCUUCCUGAAGUGCAGAAAGCCCUACACGUCGCGGGUGUUCCAUAUCAGUGGGAAGCAUGCAACCCUAGAUUAGGUUUUGCAUGGAAGGAUAGUCCAACUACGGUACUGCCACUCAUUCAAGAACUGAUGGAGAGUAAUAUAAGCGUGUGGAUAUACAGUGGGGACACUGAUGGUGUAGUACCUGUAACGUCGACGAGGUACGCCAUAAACACACUCAAUACAUCGGUGGAAACUGCUUGGUUCCCUUGGUACACUGAGAAAGAGGUUGGCGGGUAUGCCGUUGGAUACCACGGGUUGACGUUUGUUACUGUAAGGGGUGCCGGACAUUUAGUUCCAAGCUAUCAGCCAGCUCGAGCAUUCACCCUCUUCACAUCAUUUGUGGACGGGAAGCUUCCACCUUCUUCUUAUUAGAAUACAAUCUUCAUGUUUUGGGAAUUAGAAUGUUGAAAUAAUAAAGAAAUGUGUUGAAAGAUUGUGUUUGGCAAAUACCUUGUUCUUGCCAGAAGAUGCAGGAAACGUGAUGAAGGAUUUGUUUGGGUGGAAAAGGAAUGCAAUACUCUCCAAGAUGGC